UAUGGUAACAAACUGUUGUUGCUCCAGUGGCCGGCCUGGGCUUUGGCAUAAUGAGCGGCGCCUUCUCCAUGAUCAACAUCCUGUCGGACUCCCUGGGGCCCGGCACCGUGGGCAUCUUCGGAGACUCCCAGUACUACUUCAUCACGUCAGCUCUCAUGACCCUGGCCUUAACCCUUCUCCACACGUUUUGGGGUGUGGUGUUCUUCGAAGGAUGUGAGAAAAGGCGGUGGUGGGUGAUCGGCGUUGUGGUGGUGCUACACCUAAUAGUGUCCUGUCUGUCUCUGAUGAAUCCACUCUACUCUGGCAGCCUGCCGCCCGUCUACGCCAUCAUGGUGCUGAUGGCCGCCUGGGCGUUCUUCUCGGCCGGGGGUUCCCUGUCAAGCGUCAAGCAGCUCUGCUCACGUAGGAUGUCUGAUGUGAAUUCCUCCUAACUGGUUUUUGUUUUGGCAACUCAAGGAGCCGCAGGACAGGACACUGUGUUGCUGAGUUCGAUGCGUUAGCUGAACAGACAACCCGCCCAUCGGAGGAGCCACGCAUCAGUCAUCCGGAACACGCGUGUGUAUGUGUGUGUGUGUGUGUGUGUCUCUCUCGGUGGAGGAUACCUUUUUAAAAAAACGUCAUUUUUUACAGCCUUCCUCGGGCUCUGGGGGAGUCGGGACUUUAGAAAGUAUCUCUCUUUAAAUCGCACACACUGUAUAUAGCUUGACAUGGUUUUCACACACACAAACACACACACACAGACAGACACACACACACACACACACACCCGUGCACUCCGUCACACACAGGCCUGUGUGGUUCAAAGAACUUUCUAGACUCACAGAAACUGAGGUGGUUUGUCUUUCCUCAAUUUCUUUCUUUUUUUUCCUACUCCCCUCCUUUUUGGCUUCUGGACUGGACUGGACUAGGUGGGACUCUACUACUCAACUACUUUGUCGACUUUUUUCUUUUUCAUUUGUGAUUCAAAUUUUCCUUUUUAAUUAUGCAUCUGUAACACAACGCCUCCAGGAGGUGUCUGAUUGAUUGUCUUGGGGGGGAAAAAAAUGGUGAGCCGUGUUUCUGGCAAUGUUGAAGGAGAUGGUGGAGGUCAUGGGGUCGUCAGAUACAAGCUCAGUCUGAGGAUGACACUGACUGGAUGUAAACUGACUUUUUUGAGUUCUGUCCAUCUAUCCAACUGACCAAAAAGAAAAGCCAAGCACUGUAAGUGGUUCCCUUGCUGUUGCACAUCCUUUUGUCCAUUAAAACUGCCUUUCUUUCAA